CGUUCCUUUUUGAAUCCUCUUGCUUGAAAUCCACCAUGCUGUCAACUUACCGCGUUAGCCGCACUAUACCGCAACGUCUCAACUGGCAAGCAGCUUUUUUCUCAAAGGCCAAAUACUCUACAAAGGAUGCUAGCGAGCAACCACUCAUUCAUCGGUUAAAUGUACAAAUCGGUAAAAUUGUGCAGGUGGAACGCCACCCUGAAGCAGAACACCUGUACGUUGAGAAGGUGGAUCUCGGUGAAGUUACGGAGGAAAAUACUCCAGUAACAAGAACAAUUGUCAGUGGCCUGGUCAAAUACAUGGGUAUAAACGACAUGCUUAAUAAGCAAGUCUUGGUUGUUGGUAACAUGAAGCCUAGCAAGUUUCGAGGAAUUCUGUCCCAAGGAAUGUUGUUGGCAGCGUCAAAAGGUGAUAUGGUUGAGCUGCUUGAACCAGCAUCAGGCUCGGUUGUUGGAGAGCGGGUGCAGGUGGAUGGGCUGGAUGAGCUCGCUACCCCUGAUGCAGUCCUCAAACCAAAACAAAAAGUGAUGGAGCAGGUUGCUCAAGACUUGCUGACCAGUGAGCAAUGUGUAGCAACCUGGAAAGGCAUGCCACUCAAGACAAGUGCCGGCUGGGUCCGGUGCAAGAGUAUUCAGAACGGAAACAUCUCAUAAAAUUAAAAAACAAGCAAUAGUUUAUUGUUUCAUUAGACGACAUCAUAUCUUGCAAUUAGAC